CAACAAUUUGCUAAUCUUGUUCAUUCCACUCUCUUGAGCAAUACGGGCGCAUCACGUUCCGCUUUGGUAGGUGGUGCUCCCUCGCUCCAUCCGCGCAUCUCUUUGGAGGGUCAAGCCUACCCUAAACUUUCCGUUUCGUUUAUAUCACAAUGCUGUCGCAAAGUUCACCACCAUCGAUUCAAAGGGCAUGCCUGUCUCCUAUGAUACUGGUAUCAUGAUUGGCGACUCUGGAGAAAGCUAUAUCUACGUUGAGCCCGAAGUCGGCGAUUCCAAGCGAGAUAUGAGCACUGCAACACUCUGGCUCACUGGGAAUUGGAACGCAAUCACACUUGAUGGGUCACCGGAUGAAGACUUCGAGAGAAUGUCGCGAGAAACCGCUGUCAAACUUAAGGGCGCAUUGGAUAAGUUGAAGGAUAGCUAGCUAGACAGGCUAUGAGACAGCCUCACUCGAGCCGACGCCCUCUCAUCUAUUUACUUGCUCUUCAUGUAGAUCCCAAUCGACAUAUAAAUCAUCUCGCUCUUCCUUUUUAUACAGAUAAUGAUUUCCUUUCUUCAACUUUCUCCUCCCUGUUUCAAGC